AUGCACGCCACCUUUGCACGUCAAUUCACUUCGUCCGCCAGAAUCAUGUCCAACGUUUUCUUCGACAUCACCAAGAACGGCAGCCCUAUGGGCCGCAUCACGUUCAAGCUCUACGACGACGUGGUGCCCAAGACCACGCAGAACUUCCGUGAGCUCUGCACUGGCCAGCACGGUUUCGGUUACGAGGGUUCCUCGUUCCACCGUGUCAUCCCCCAGUUCAUGCUGCAGGGUGGUGACUUCACCGCCGGCAACGGUACCGGUGGAAAGUCGAUCUACGGCGCCAAGUUCGCCGACGAGAACUUCAAGCUGGCCCACACCAAGCCCGGUCUGCUCUCGAUGGCCAACGCCGGUCCCAACACCAACGGAUCGCAGUUCUUCAUCACCACCGUCGUCACCUCGUGGCUCGACGGAAAGCACGUCGUUUUCGGCGAGGUCGUCGAGGGCAUGGACAUCGUCAAGGCCAUCGAGAACGAGGGUACCAACUCGGGCAAGACCAAGUCCAAGAUCACCAUCGCCAAGUCCGGUACCGUCUAA